UCGCACGAUCGUACAUACGAACGCACAUACGCACGCACCCACGCUCUCCACGGUCGCUAACACACGACAUACGGUUGCGACAAACAAAGGAUAUCAAUAUGCCUCCAGGACCGCUGGCAAGAGGCUGGACCAGCUACGAACGGAUACCGCUUCUGUUCUCGCUAUCGUGGAAAGACAGCAGUAGCAAUAGCAGCAGUGGCGGCAACAGCAGCCGGACAGAUUCACAGCAGUCGCAGUCCUCUCCUCGGAGCCUCUCGGACUCUCCCACCGCAACAUCGUCAUUCUCCCUCCUCCCCUCCACAUCAUCAUCGCGGACUGGAUGGCGGCCACGGACGCUGAAGCCGACGGCGCACAUCCUCUUUGCUGCCAUGACGGUCGGCUUCAUCGUCGGCCUCGAGGUCGUACUGAAUGUUUCCCGCAGGAACGGCUCGAUAACGUUUCUCUCGAGUAAGAUUGUCGAUAUGGCAUUCGACUAUGUUCCCUUGCUGCUGGCUGUGGUGUACGGCCUUAUCUGGGCCGCUAUAGAUCAUGAUGUGAAAAGGUUCGAACCGUAUUUUCAGAUGUCGAAACCGGGCGGCGUGACGGCCGAGCAUUCACUGCUCCUGGAAUACCCCUACACCUUUGCCGCGAUCGCGCCGUUCAUCGCGUUCAAGAAGCGCCACUGGGAAGUCCUCUGUUCGGCGCUGAUGCUAGUGAUGAUCAUGUACGGCGUGACGCCCUUGAUGUCCGCCGCGAUAACCAAAAUGGAAGUGACCAAGUCGGUGCACGUGCCGGUGCACUACGACGUACUCCUCCCGGUGGAAUCGCAGCGCGGCAACGUUUCCGCCGCCUUCGCCUAUCUCGCCUAUGCCCACCAGUACCUGGGCGGGUCGCUGCCGGGGUUCACGACCGAGAAUGAGGCGGUGCUGCCGGUCGUUCCGGGAGAGUCGUAUUCGACGACGAGCGCUGUGGAAGAUAUAUGGAUCGUUGAGUCGACGGUCUACGAGGGCAUGCUGAACUGCACCCCUGGCAUCAUCGAGCGGGUGCCGGGCAAACUGGUCAAUGAGACCCGCGUCAGCACUGUCGACCGCAGCUGUGAAUUCAUGCUUGCGGGCUGGGGCACGCACGAGGGCGUCGAGCGGUUCACGCCGUACACGAGUUUCUUCAUGGACGGAAAGAAUGCGGUCGGCAACAAGGUGGGCGCGGUGACGUACGCAGCGAACUGCACGAUGGAGAACUUCUUCGUGGCGGGGUGGGCGCGGAAUCGAGUUCCGGACUCGGAGGCGGUGCAGGAAGUGUUGGUGCGUCCGGACUACACGCGGGCCGAGGCGAUAUUCUGCCAUCCAGUGCACUCGCAGUACGAAGCGCAGAUCCGGCUCAAGGCGGAGUCGCGACAGAUCGUGCCGGGCGGGAUCCGCCAGAUGCGGGAUAAGAUCCCGUUCCAUGGGCUCGAAAUGGACUACUGGAUGAGCCUGCUGGCCGGCAACAACAUCUCCGCCACCACUGAGGCCUUCAACGUCUCCGACUCGCUCGCGCAGCUGCCGGAUCAUCUGUCGCGCAUGCGCAGGAACCCCGCGUUUCGCACGCUCGUCGAGCUGUACCCCAACACGACCGUCACCGACGCGGGGAAUUACUCCUACUCCCCGCUGCCGAUCAACGUCUUCCAGCCGAACCCAAAGUCGCUCAUGGGCUUCGGCCUCACGACACAGACGGACCUCGAAGACCUCUUCAACACGACGAACCUGAUCGCGAUGUACGACACCGCGUACCGUAAGCUCUUCGCGUUCGCCGUGAUCUCGGAGCUCGCGAGACCCGCCACCAACGGGGAUGGCCGGCGGUUCGUGGACGAACAGACGCGGGUCCGCGGCUACGUCGCGGAAGCGGCGUGGUUCCGUGCACUGGAGGCCGCGCUGGGUAUCAUCCUCGUGCUGAACGUUGUCCUCGGGAAACUGGUCUACCACCGCAAGUUCAAUCUUGCGGGGGAGCCGGGAACGCUGUCGGCUGCCCUUGCGUGUGUCGACUCGCCGGUGCUGGAGGUGUUUAGGGACUCCGAGUUUAUGCGCCCCAAGAGGUUGGAGACGGAGUUGGAAGAGAGAGGGCUGCGGUAUGAGCUGAGGGAUCAGAAGGUCUCGAUCGCGGCGGGCUCGGAGGGGGAUGCCGAGGCGAGGGAACAUGUUGACCUUGACCGCUCGAGGGUGACGCUCACCAAGCCGUGGGAGUUGGCGCUUGCUCUGGGGUGCAUAUCGAUGGCGCUGUUGAUCUUUGGCCUAGCAUUCCUGUGCGUGGUCUACGUGAAUAAUCGGAGCAACUACCCGCUGGGCUUCCGGGAGUCGGCGAACGGUUUCGGAUACUCGCUGUACUCGUCGUACGUGCCGACCAUCGCCGUCACCAUACUCGAGUCGUAUCUCGUCCUUCUGGGCGCCCAGGUCGCUCUGCUCUAUCCGUUCAAACAGCUCCACCAUGGAGGAGCCACGCAUGUCAAAUCGCUCUCCGUCAACUAUGAUCGCGCGCCUCCGCAUCUGCAACUACCCAACGCCUUCAAGGCGCACAACCUCCUCCUGGGUGGCGUGAGCUUGUCGAUUCUCCUGGCCAACAUCCUCGCCGUCGCCGUAGGAGGUGUGUUCGACAAGCAAGUUGUGCGCUACGACCAAGGCUACAACGUGAGUACACGGGGGGGAGUCGAGACGCUGGACAACUUCAACGCGUCAUCACUGGCGAUCAGCGAUUUCGACGUGGACCCGGAGCCGUUCUAUGCGGUGUUCGCGGGCACGCUGGGAUCGCAGCCGCCGCGCCCAUGGACCUACAACAACUCGUUUUUCAUCCCGUUCACGGACAACAAUCCGACCAAGCACGAGGACAGCUACUGGGUCGAGUCGGUGGGUCUGGGCGUCGAUAUCGAGUGCCGCCCGCUGGACGAGGAUCUCACGCAGGACUGGCAUGGAUAUCUCGGCCCGCCAAACAACUACACCUAUGAGAUACUCACGCUGCGCGAGAAGAAUGAUACGUCGCUGGUGCUCACCGGCCCGGAUACCCCGUGGGAUGAGAUACGGCAUAAUCAGAAUAACUCCGACGGACUGGUCGACCAUAGCCCGCUGUUCAGCGAGGCGUUCUUCACGAACAUCUCGACUUUCCCAGAGGGAUAUGUGCAUCUCCCGCCGACGCCGUACCCGCGCGGCCUCAACUCGUCCAACGGGACGAUGGAGUUCUUCACCUCAUGGCUCAAGUACAAGGUAGAACCCCGCAACGUAACCGUUGACCGCCUUCUGGGGUUCAACGCCCCCCGCUCCAUCCUCGGACAGACCAUCUCGGGCCCAUCGGCCUACAUCGCGAGCAAGUCCAUAAUCUACUGCAACCCGCAGCCCCUGAUCGUGCACGGGCUGGUCCAAUCCGGAAUCUCGGGCAACAUCUCGGAAGCGCGCAACCUUACCCGCACCACGCUGCCGACGGCGGGUCUCACAGGGCUGCUCCAAUCCUUCAACUCGAUGAUGCUGCGUAUCGCGACACAAUACAACACGCCCGCGGAGCUGGCCCACCUCUCGCGCACCUUCUGGCCGCAAAACGCACUCAGCGACCCGCGCCCAAGCGACUGGAUGGGGAUGCUGGUCGCGCGCGCCUCCACCACCGGCUUCGACCCGUACGCGGACGCCGCCGCCAACGCCAAAGCCCUCUCGGAAGUGUACAAGACCCUCUUUGCGACGUACCUCCAGCUGAACUCAGACGCGAUCUUUGCUGGCGCCAUCCCCGCCGUCGUGCCCGCAACCCGGCAGCGCCACGAAACCCGUGUGGUAAUGCGCCCGGUCGCGUUUUUCAUCGCGGUCGGAAUCUUGGUGCUCAUAAUAUUCCCUGCGAUCGUGUGGACGUAUGUAGCGCUGUACCGCGCGUUCUUGUGUCAUGCCCCCACUAACCUCGCGGGGAUAUAUGCGGCUGUAUACGCCUCCCGCGCCCGCAUGGAUGUCCAGGGAACGGAGAGGAUGAAGCCGAUUCUUAGGGCGAGGACACUGGAGUUGCUCGGGUAUAAAUACAGAUAUGGCUGGUUCCUUGCGAAGGAUGGUGAUAGGCACUUUGGCGUCGAGAGGGAGGCGCUGUAUAUGUUCAAGCCGAGAGCUGUGAGUGCAGGCAGGGAGAAGGGGGAGAAGGGGGGAAAGGCGAGGAGUAAGAGUGGGAGUUCGUGAGUCCGCAGCCGAAACUCCGAUGCCGACGACGCCGAUCUAAGGUCACAGGGAAGUGGGAGCGGAUCGACGGUGGAUUUACGAUAG